CUGUCGAUAUGACGCACCAAUCAUCUUGCGACAGUUUGACCUUCAAGUGCUCCCAACUUUCAAAAUGAACGACAGCCCUGAGGCGUUGCCCCCCACAUCAGUGGACUUUAACCCUGAAGCGUUGUAACAGUACUACUGAGGCGUUACCAGAAUGUUAUUGGGAAGGUCUUCCGUCUUUUUCUCCAUAUUAGUAUCAUGCUGGUCUUACGUUUUCAUCAAUUCGCUGUCUUUAAGCGGUUCAGUCGCCUUUGAAGUUAGAUCUUUUCUUCACAAUGAUAUGGUCGUCGAUGGUGGUGCUCAUAAUGUUUUCUGGUUCGUACAUAUCACAGAUUUGCAUUUUAGCGAGUUUGGUUCUAAAGACAGACAGAUGGACUUCUUGGAGUUUUGUUCUACACACAUUCCUGUGAUUCGACCUGAAGUCGUAAUCGCAUCAGGUGAUAUUACUGAUGGCAAGGGUAAGACGUUCUCGUUAUCUUUACAAAAUCUGGAGGAAUGGGAGGAUUAUUCGUCACUUCUGAAACAAUCUGGAGUACUAAAUUUAACUAAGUGGCUUGACGUACGGGGGAAUCAUGAUAGUUUUGACGUUCCAUCAUUUGGUGGUUAUGGUGAUUAUUACAGUCGAUUUGGUGUAAGGGGCGGAUCUUCGUUAAAGUCGCGCAUAUUCAAACUCGUAAAACCAUAUGGUCAAUAUUCUUUCAUAAGUAUUGAUUUAUCCACUGAACCUGGAUUGAAAUGGCCUUUUAAUUUUUUCGGUAGUUUUAACUUGAAUGUUAAAAGACAGUUGUUAAAAUCGAUUGAUGAAGCUAAAGAUAGUAAUCAGACAUUUGUAUUUGGACAUUAUCCAACUUCCACGGUUGUUUCGAGUGAUUCGAAUUUGGGUACAGUGAUUGGAGAUAGUGCAUUUGCUUAUUUAUGCGGUCAUUUGCAUACGUUGUUUGGGUUGGCUAAGAAGAUGUAUUUUUUACAGCCUCAAGGAUAUUGGGAAUGGGAAUUAGGUGAUUGGCGUGAAAAUCGUUACUACCGGAUUGUAGCUGUUGACAACGAUUUGGUGUCGUUUGUAGAUGUGAGGAAACUCUCGCUUAAUGAUUCAAGCAAAGAAUGGCCUAUUAUUUUAAUCACAAAUCCGAAAAACGUUAACUUUUUACUCCCAAAAAAAGAACCAUUCCACAGGAUAGAGUUUUCUACGCACAUAAGAAUUCUAGUGUGGUCACUAUCGCCUAUUCUAAGAGUUUCUGUGUCAAUCGAUGGCAUUCAUCAAGGAUUCGCCGAACCAGCUAAUUCACUUGAAAGUGGUAAUUCAACACCUUUAUAUGUACUUCCAUGGAAUACAUCUCAGUGGUCAACCAAUCCGUAUGCAUUUCACGUGAUUGAAGUCACAGCUAGGGACGUCAACAAUAAUCAGCGUACAGUUGUUCAGUCGUUCAGUCUUCGAAAUCGUGCUGUUUUUCCCAUUGGGUUUCUAUCGAAAUUUUUGGUUGCCAAUAGUUUGUCAGUUUUUGUUUCUGCACUUUAUUAUACUUUAUGGAUAACAGUAUUCACGUUUGUGGUAUCACCGCUUUUAAUUCGUCGUCUGAACUUACUUGUACAUCUGUUACGUACAAGACUCGGUAGAGGUAUGUACCAGAUAUCGUCAACCAAAAAACUAUUGCUUCCUAUCUUGGUGUUUAUGGUGUAUCAGAUUUCAUGUCCACUUUUCAUGGGUUAUCUAGUAGCUGAUAAAUUUGGCUUUGUUUUCUCAUUUGGUAUUUAUAUUGACGGUAUUUACAUACCAGAAAGACUGACUUAUGUGCUUGCAGAAAGUCAGCUAUUUGCAUUUGGUUUAUAUCUGUUGUUGUUUACUUAUCAUUGUGGUCAUCAACAAUAUAAUCCAAUUUAUCCAUGGAAUAGUGGUGAGCCGUCGGAGCAAUAUUCAAACAGUGUUUGUAAAGAUGAUAUUCACUCAAAUGUGCUGUUCAUCCGUUUACCAAAAUUUCGCUCUUCAUCUUCUUUGCUUAUCAUAACAGUUAUUUACAUAUCGCUUCAAUUGAUGUUUAAUUUUAUUUUUAUUUGGCUACCCUAUGGUUUUGUAGCGAGCCUUUUAAGUCCAGGACUUGUAAUCCCUGUAUGCGUUGCAUGUAUUUUAUAUAUCUAUUGUCCACAACCUAAUCAUGUGAAACAUUGUAUUCAAUAAAUGUUCAUUUCUUUUUUUAUUUUGUACUGUUUAAACGUUUGUUUUCUUUGAUUUGGUAUCUUUUUAAUUCUGUGUGCUCAUUCAGUGAUGAUAUAUCAUAUUUUUUUCUCGUAGUUAACCAAACACAUGUUUUACCAUAGCUGUGAUAAACAUAUAUUUGCAUUAUUUGUUGUAUUAUUGUUUGAUUGUAUCCACUAUGUGUAGUUCAUUUGAAGCAGAAAAAUACUUAUGUGAAAACAAAACCGAAAAGUAAUCAACAUAACUAUCACCUUAAACUAUUAGAUUUAAAGAAAUAAAAUUACUUACUACUGAGUAAUUUAUAUGCCUAGUUCAUUAUGUGGUCUUAGUACUAAAACUAGGAACCCGAAACUUCAGUAACAAUUAAGAACCACGCUUCCACUUCGGCGUGAGUAGUAAAUUAUCGUUACUUGA